AUGGUGCUGAUGAAGAUGAAGUUCCCUUUCGAGAAGAGGGUGAAGCUGGCCCAGUGUCUGUGGCUGCUCUCCUGGAUGGCCACACUGGCCGGAGCGUUCACCUUCACCCUGGGCUGCUUCCUCAAGACCGAGCUCCGCAGGAGGGCAGAGGUAGGCUAAACACGUACAGCUUUACACUGUACACUCUUAGAAAAAAAGGUGCUAUCUAGAACCUAAAAGGGUUAUUCGGCUGUCCCCAUAGGAAAACCCUUUGAAAACCAUUUUUGGUUCCAGGUAGAAGCCUAUUAGGUUCUAUGUAGAACCCUUUCCCCAGAGGGUUCCACAUGAAACCCAAAAUAGUUCUACCUGGAACCAGAAAGGGUUCUACCUGGAUCCAAAAAGGGUUUCUCCUAUGGGGACAGCCGAAGAACCCUUUUGGAACCCUUUUUUCUAAGAGCGUACAACGCCACUGGGGUGUUUCCAAUACAAUACAUAUGACUUAUCCAUAAGCUUCACUUUCUCAGGGUCUUCCUCUGAUGUUUAGGGCUGUAUUCAGUGAAGUUCUACAGUAUGACUGAAUCAAAGAGUGAUACUAGUAAACUUCUGGUCAUAAACUGCACGAAAAGCAUGAGGGUGAAAAGGGGGGAAAUUCAUUACAGCUUAUUUGAGUGUAUUGGAGCUUAAAUUAAGAGUUUAUUUUUGGAGUGUUUCAAGAUGACACAAUGAAAUGCAUUGGAGUGUUGAAGAUAACAUCUCAUGCAGAAUUCAGGAGCCUUUGAUAAUGCUUUUAUGAGUGAGAUUGGGAUGAGGUAUCUAUAGAUCUGUUGGAUAGGUGGUUAGGUGUGAACGUUAUGAACAGGGGGCAGCUGUCUAUGGUCUGAGCAUACCAGUGAUAAGCUGAUAAUAGGGAUAAGAUGAGUGACUGAGUGAUUGACAGUUUUAUUAUGAUCCUAUUCAUCAUCUGUCUCUUGAGAUUACAGUAUUUGGAAUAAUAUACUAUCAACUAUUGCACUUGUUGAAUACAUCAACAGAAACAAAAUUACUCUCAAUACAGCCUUUUUGCAGCAAAUACUUAUGUUCAAUUUCAGUGAAAAUAUAAACAACCUAAUUGAUUUCCUCCAAUAUACAAUAUAACCUUUAGUUAUGUUCCCCACUGUAAACCAUGAGAUUAUUCACUGACCUCUACAUGUUCACUAUUACUUAAAUAUGGGAUCAAUGGGUUGAGAGCCUAAUAUAUCAGUUUAUACUGUAUAGUUUCCUGUAUCACUUAUGCAUGAGGUCUUUCUGCCUACAGGUAAUGGACAACACAGAGAUCCAUGCUGUGCCCAACACCCUGAUGAUAGUGGGUCUGGCCUCUCUGGGUAUCAACUACUUCGCAGGGCGUAUGUGCCAGGAUGCGUUGGACGCCGGGCGCUUCCCCCGCUGGAAGACCUUCAUGCAACCCUACUGGGGUGUCUCCCUCCUCUUCACCCUCCUCAUGCUGACGGCCGUGAUCAUGAGCUACGCAAUGAAGGGGAACCUGGAGUCCUCCCUGAAGAUCGGUCUGAAGAACGGCAUCCGCUUCUACAAGGACACAGACACCCCUGGCCGCUGCUUCCAGAAACAGACCAUUGACCGCCUGCAGAUGGAGUUCCGUUGCUGCGGAAACACCGACUUCAAGGACUGGUUCGAGGUCCAGUGGAUCAGCAACCGCUACCUAGACUUCAGCUCUAAGGAAGUGAAGGAGUGAGUAUUAGAGGACUGGGAGCAGUCUGACAGUCUUUGGUAAAGGAAGAAUCCCAUGUCAGAUUAUAACUUAAAUAAAUCAUUAAGGUUAUAGGAAAUGAGGCAGUUGAGGUGAUACAAAGGCAUGAUGUAGACCAUUAAUUGUCUAUAUACCUCCCUUCCCCCCUCUCUUCUUCUUUAGCCGUGUUAAGAGCAAUGUGGACGGGCGUUACCUGUUUGACGGGGUCCCUUUCAGCUGCUGCAACCCCAGCUCCCCAAGACCCUGCAUCCAGGACCGCCUCACCAACAACUCAGCCCACUACAGCUAUGAGCACCAGACCGAGGAGCUCAACAUCUACAUCCGCGGCUGCAGGGAAGCUCUGGUCAACUACUACAUGGGCCUGAUGAACACUAUUGGUGCUGCGGUGCUGUCCGUCUUCCUGGUCCAGGUACUGUAAAGAUAUAAAGUAUAUAUCAACCUAUACACCUAAAAGUCAGCUAAUGUCCUGUGUGGCAAUCAGAAGGCCCACGGACUCCUGUCAGAUAUACUUGUAGCUCGCUGUUGAGUGAUACAUUAUAUCCACCAUCCUCCUGUAUAACCUUUCUCCCUUCUCUCCCUUCUCCUAUCCUUACCCUCCAGUCAUCUGUGCUGGUAAGUCUGCGGUACCUGCAGACAGCCAUGGAGGCGGUGGCAGGGCAGGAGAACACUGAGAUUGAGACCGAGGGGUACCUGCUGGAGAAAGGGGUGAAGGAGACGAUCAUGGAGUAUGUGACUCCUGUGCUGGUUUUUCUUCAGCUGAACCAGGUGGGCAGUGAGGACGCUGAAGCUUAGGCGACCCCCGCCAGAUAAAGUGGAGAAAUCUAAAUGUUUCAGACUGGGUGUUGUAGGGGACAAACUUGGCAUUUUAUUGGGUGAUAAAUAAUCUAACUAGACACUGAUCAAUUAAUCUGGUAUUUCUUUGACAUCACAAUCCAUUUUAAUGCUGAUGUAUUUCUAUGUUUAAUGUUUUAACCCUAAAUGCAGUGUUUGCCAAACUCGGUCCUGGGGACCCCAAGGGGUGCACGUUUUGGUUUUGCCCUAGCACUACACAGCUGAUUCAAAUAAUGAACUCAUCAUCAAGCUUUGAUUAUUUGAAUCAGCUGUGUAGUGCUAAAAACGUGCACCCCUUGGGGUUCCCAGGACCGAGUUUGUGAAAUUCUGUCUAAACAAGUGACAUGAAUGUUGUAAUCUAUUUCAGUCACUUGAGGGCAAAUAUAUUUUUGUAUCAGUUGUCCGGGGACAACGCACCCCAGUCUUAGGUACCCAUGGCUACGCUAACACACACAAAUAAACACACACACACACAGUACAGGCACACAUUAAACACAUUAACCUCACCCCAAACCCCUCCAAAAUCCUCCAUGAUUAAAGAAGCUAUUCGAUGUUUAAUCAAUUACAUAUACUCCCCAAAGGAGAAAUAAAAAACACAUUAUUGUAAUUUUGUCUUUUAUAACUGGGGGUUGCCAGGCACGGUUAUUUCCACCUCACCAUUGCAGUGUUCAACAGUUAAUACCACAACAAUAUUAUGGUUGACACUUAACAAUGCAAAUAUAUAUCCAGUUACUAAGGGAUAGAAUUAUAUGAAAUUGAUGAAGACGCUAAUCAACAUUAAAACAUUUUAGGAAUAUUUUAAAAAGCACUAUAUAACCAUUUUACAUUUUGCGUAAAGACUAACAGCAAUGUAAAGCUGACUGUAGAAAGAUUCAAUGCUCUGCUAAGUAACCCUCAGCAAUAUGACAUACACAGCACUUUAUUACAGAAUUAUUAUGUCAGAGAAUUAUUAAAGGUUAAAGUUUUUAAUUAA